AUGAAAAGCCAAAGCCAGCUAAACGUAACCGACCCAUCCGGCGACAGAAGUCCAGGUCCAGCCUCUCUAUCAAACGAAUCGGGAUCAUCAAGCUCGACAGCCCACAAUUUCCCUUUCAAACUUCAUCAAAUUCUGAGCACUCCUGAAUUCAAUGACAUCAUUUGUUGGCUUCCUCAUGGACGAGCUUGGCGAGUUCAGCAACAAGAUAGAUUUGAAUCGGAAGUGCUGCCGAAGUUCUUCCAACAUAACAAGUAUUCAUCUUUCUAUCGCCAAGUCUAUGGAUGGGGAUUCCACAGAAUCCUGUCUGGUCCCGACUUCAACAGCUUCUACCAUGAGCUCUUUCUUCGCGACUCUCCGGGUCUAUCCUUGAAGAUGAAACGACCAUCAAAGACAGAGCUCACCGAGCGAAGACACGCAACGCCAGAUUCACCGCCCAACUUUUACCUCAUGCCGCGCGUAAUACGUGUACCCGAACCGGAGAUAGUUUCUUUCGAGAACUCUUCUUCGCCUCCCGUGCCACUGCACGAUGAGUACUGGGAUAAUCUGACGAAGCGGUUGUCUGGCUUUUCUUCGUUGCAGGAAAAGGGUAUGUACCUUCAAUCGAAGCUAGAUCGGCUAGAGAAUGAGAGAUCAGAGGUUCUCCACCGCCUGCAAUUAUUAAGAAACCUACAAAGAGAACAUCAAAUGAUAUCCCACCACAUGAAUCGUGGCGACACGAGGAUACCAUUUGGUGGACGAACAUCGUUGCUGCCGUCUCAGCAACAAGAUCGCGCAUCUCUGGAUCCUUGGAUACAACAGGCAGCUCAAGAGAUUUACUUGGAACGUCAAAUGCAAUUUGGGCAGGAAGACAGCGAAAAACAUGGAGGAAAGUGGAAACCUCGAUGA